CCCUCCCUCCUGGCCUCAUCCUCCCCCAAUUUCUCAGUCUCUUCGACUGAGUCUCACUUCCCUCACCCUUCCAGUCUCUCGUCGUCCUUUGGUUCAUCACUGUCGUCGUCACAGGUGUGGGCAUCCGUUUCUUCUUUUUUCUGUCUUCAUCCACUCGUACUUCUUACCUUUGUCUCACCAUCUGCCGCCUCUGCGUAAGUGCGUAUCCUGGUUUGUCGUGGCUGUCCUUUUCUCUGCCGUCGUCGUGCUUGGGCUGGCCGUCUGCCUCUCCUACUCCUCUGAAUCUACCGCUACCUGUGCUAGAAAGCUUUGGGUCCUGUGUGUUGUGAACUAUUUAAUAAUUGGUUUACAAUUAAAUUGUCUUCCAAUUCAUUCUUGAAGAGGCUAUCAGCCUCUUGGAAGUGAUGCGGUGUAUUAACGAUGUGAAGGGAUCACAUAUUGGAGGCAAAAGAAUUUGAUGUUGAAUUUGUUGCAUGAGAUCGGACCUCUUAUAUUAAAUUUUGAAAAUGCAAAAAUCUUCAAAUUAUGGUGUUCUUAGUGUUGAGUCCAGGUGCUCAGUUUCUACCUUAGCUUACUGAUGCAUCUGCCGUAGGAAUGCCAUGUGGAGGUUUGGUGUCUUGCUUCAGGAAGGGACAGAUCCGGGUUUUCUCAAGUUUGUCGCAUCUCACGCACUCACUUGUGCCGGCCACCUUAAGUCAACUCUCUCUGGCCUCUCGCAGUCUGCCUUCCUGUGUCUCACACAACGGUACUGCUGUCUUCAGUUAACGCUGACGCUCUCUUCGCACUCUUCCUCUCUCUCGCUCGUUCCAUCUGCCAACACUCAAACCUCCGUGGCUCUUUUCUGCCUCCACACUCAUCCUGCUCGAGGAAGAAACAAAGACACCGUCGCAGGCGCAGCAUCGACACCGCUGCAGGUUGAGUUCAGUUGACCCUCCUCUUUUGCUCCUCCAUUCCAGACCCUUCUUUGUUCGAUUUCAAGAAGGACGGGCCUUGUUUUGUGCAACACAUACAUCAAAACAACUACCAUGGGACAUGAAUCCCGAAAGCUCUUGGAUGAAUAUGAGGUGUCAGAGAUUCUAGGAAGAGGUGGAUUCUCUGUUGUUAGGAAAGGCAUAAAAAAAUCAAGCAGUGAUGAGAAAACUCAUGUUGCCAUAAAGACACUAAGAAGAGUAAGUGCCUCUACUACAACCCCUGGUUGUUUACCAAGAGAGAGGAGCAACAUGGGGUUUCCCACAUGGAGACAGGUUUCAGUAUCAGAUGCUCUUCUCACCAAUGAGAUCCUUGUGAUGAGGAAGAUAGUCGAAAAUGUGUCGCCACAUCCGAAUGUGGUUGACCUCUAUGAUGUUUAUGAGGACUCGAAUGGUGUUCAUCUUGUUUUGGAGCUGUGUUCUGGCGGUGAGCUGUUUGAUCGCAUUGUGGCACAGGAUAGGUACUCAGAGACUGAGGCUGCGACAGUUAUUCGCCAGAUUGCGGCGGGCUUAGAGGCUAUUCAUAAAGCAAACAUUGUCCAUAGAGACUUGAAGCCUGAGAAUUGCUUGUUCUUGGACAAGAGGAAGGAUUCUCCUCUAAAGAUCAUGGAUUUCGGUUUGAGCUCUGUUGAAGAGUUUACUGAUCCAGUUGUUGGUUUGUUUGGUUCCAUUGAUUAUGUUUCACCGGAGGCACUUUCUCAAGGAAAGAUAACAGCUAAGAGUGACAUGUGGUCUCUAGGGGUAAUUUUGUACAUCUUAUUAUCUGGAUAUCCGCCUUUCAUUGCUCAGUCUAAUCGCCAAAAACAACAAAUGAUAAUGAAUGGGAACUUCAGCUUCUAUGAGAAGACAUGGAAGGGCAUUUCUCAAUCAGCAAAGCAAUUGAUUUCGAGUCUUCUGACAGUUGAUCCUAGUAGGAGACCUAGUGCGCAGGAGCUCCUGAGUCAUCCAUGGGUCAUAGGUGAUGUAGCGAAAGAUGAUCAGAUGGACCCUGAGAUUGUCUCAAGGUUGCAAAGCUUCAAUGCUCGUCGCAAGCUCCGGGCAGCUGCAAUUGCAAGCGUAUGGAGCACCACAGUGUUCUUGAGAACUAAGAAACUGAAAUCCUUGAUAGGAUCCUAUGAUCUUACAGAAGAGGAAAUUGAAAAUCUUAGGAUACACUUCAAGAAGAUAUGUGGAAAUGGGGACAAUGCCACGCUCUCUAAGUUUGAGGAGGUACUGAAAGCAAUAAAUAUGCCAUCACUAAUUCCUCUAGCACCACGCAUAUUUGACUUGUUCGACAACAACCGUGAUGGAACGGUUGACAUGCGAGAGAUUUUAUGUGGGCUUUCCAGCCUCAAGAAUUCCAAAGGAGAUGAUGCCCUCCGUUUGUGCUUCCAGUUGGAUCUAGGGAAUAGCGAAAUUAAAUUCCACACAACUCGGAAGGGAGCAGAAGAGAAUAUCCUAAAUCAAGGAAGUUUAAUAGAGUUCUUCACAAUUCACACUCUUUAGUUUCCAUUCCCAAUUCACCCCCUCCCCGACGGCGGCGGCGGUGGCAGCGGCAGUGGUCUCUCUCUCAACUUGAUCUCCUAUUUGGGUCCAAUUGGGCUUUUAAGUCCCAUAAUCAUAACAAGAAGCCACCUGAUACGUUAACAUGUCAUGUAACAUGGUAUGAUAAUGAAAACAUGA